AGGCGCCUCCGGACACUGUGGCCGCGCAGCUGGGUCAGCGAGAUGCCGCUCUGAAGGCGGAAGCCCGUCGACAAGCGCGAGCGGAAGCCAGACCUUGGGCCACCAAGCCGCCAAGCCCGCCGCGCCACGUGUCGCCGCGCUGGAGCCCCCGGAACUCCAGCCUGCGGAGGAAAAUCGGGCCCCACACGCGCGAUCCGAUGGACGGCUCCCUCUUCAGCCGCCGCGCAGUUCUGGAGGAGGACUUGCAGAGGCAGGGCCUCUACGAGGGCCAGCUGAGGAAGAAGUCCAAGCCCAAAUCCUGAUCUCUGAAAGCCGAUCCGAGCCUGGAAGAUGGGAAUGGAACUUUUUGCAGGGGGGUCAAGAGCAACCAAGAAAGCAAAGGGCUG